GCGUCCACUCAGUGAGUGUUGAGCGCUGAACGGUGACAGUGGCAGUGGCAGUGGAUGAUAGUGACAGUCAGGGAUAGCAGUGCGAGUGCGAUGUGGCCCGCCGUACUCCCCGCCGGGUAUAUACACACCGGAUACAGUCCUGGAUAUGUUUCUGGAUACUGUCAACCACAACUACCCGUCGUAUCCUCCCAAGCCGAGAACUCUGAGCGGCGCAAAGAGAAGUCUCGAGAUGCCGCACGAUGCAGGCGCAGCCGAGAAACGGAGAUAUUUACUGACCUGGCACAAGCUCUACCAUUACCUCCCAGCACCAUAGCUACCCUAGACAAGGCUUCUGUAAUGCGACUAGCCAUCAGCUAUUUGCGGAUCCGCACAGUCCUCAGCACAAUUCCGAGCGAGGUGAUACCUGUAAAACCCAGCCCCACAGAUGAACAGCAUGAUUCCUUGUUUCUAAAGGCCCUUGAAGGUUUUCUUCUCGUUGUGUCAGCAGACGGUGACAUCGUCUUCCUCUCAGAAAAUGUCAGCGAGUACCUUGGGUUGUCACAGAUUGAGCUCAUGGGUCAGAGUAUCUACGAGGUAAGCCACCCCUGCGAUCACAAUGAGGUGAAGGAGAUUCUCACUGGUAAAGAUGCAGAGAGUUUACAGAGGACAUUUUUCCUGCGGAUGAAGUGCACGUUGACAAGCAAAGGCAGGAACGUCAAUCUCAAGUCUGCCACAUACAAGGUGAUACACUGCACUGGUCACAUGGUGAGCAGUGACGUGUCUGACAAAGACGAAGAUGUGAUGGAUACGGACUCUUCAGCAGGAUCUCAAAUGUAUUUGGUAGCCAUCGGAGAGCCCAUCCCUCACCCAGCCAACAUCGAGAUACCCCUGGGCCAGCAGACCUUUCUCAGCAAGCAUUCACUAGACAUGAAAUUCACAUAUGCUGAUGACAAAAUGGCAGAAUUCCUGGGCUACGACCCUGACUCUCUGGUUGGCAAAUCCAUGUUUGAGCUGUACCAUGCACAAGACAGUCAGGCAGUGGUCAAAUCAUUCAAAGACUUAAUAGCCAAGGGACAGACGCAGACCGGAAGGUAUCGGUUCUUGGCUCAUGGAGGAGGCUACGUCUGGGUGACUACACAGGCCACCCUGAUCUACAACAACAAGGGACACAAGCCUCAGAGUGUCGUCUGCGUCCACUUCGUGACCAGUGGGCUGGAGUGCAAGGAUGAAGUGUACUCGUGCAGUCAGCUGGAGAGUGGCGCUAUAAAGCGCGAAGUGGAGGUGAGGAAGGUGAUUGAGCCAGUGAGAAGUCAGGUGACAUCGGAGCAAGUGGUGCGCAAGGUGUUCGCUGUCCCGCCAGUGACUCUGCCAACCCCUCAGGUGGUCGCUGCCCCGCCGGUGCUCCCACCAACCCGACCUCAGGUGGUCACUGCCAAGAUUAUCGCCAGGUCCGCAACAGCCCCUCCGCCACAAGUCGGAACUGUCAGGCCCUUCAAUAAGCAGCCAGAGAGUCGACCACAAGUGGUCACCAGCAAGAUAUUCGCCCCGGCUCCACCCUCUGUCAGACCUCCACCGUUCCCCACUGGAGAGCCCUCGACAUCCCGGCCAGCACCUAGGCCUACGGCUGUGACAGCUAAGCUGUUCGCCAAACUGCAACUCAACCCUGAGACCCAACUACGUUCACAAAAACUUCAGCCUAACCCCGAGACCCAACCACGGCCUCAGAACGCAACUUCCAAGAUAUUCGCACCGCGAACUGAAGACAUGAACAAGGGCUUCCUCAUGUUCUCUGAUGACGAGUCUGGCCUGACAAUGAUGAAGGAUGAGCCAGAGGACUUGACGCACCUGGCACCAACUCCUGGAGACGUCUGUGUCCCACUGGUCGGGCCGUUGUUCAACGACAUGAUGUUGGACCACUUCAUGUUGGACCAGAACUAUGGACCUUUGCUCAGCGACACCAAGGAGAUCAGUCCUGCCAACUCUCCCUAUUUUUCCUACAGGGACGACUCACUGUCACCACCUCUCACACUUAGCCCAGGGGCUAGUAGCUUGCCCUCUCUACUGGAGGAGGACAGUCCAGCACUGGAAGAAGCCACAUCUAUGAACCAACUGUUGGGUCUGGACAUGAUGGACUCUCUGGACAGUGAGGACCUGGAAGUGAAGGCACCCUACAUCAGCAUGAGUGAGGGGGAUGACCUGCCGUUGCUAAUGUCUCACGAUCUCAUGUGGGGUGCUAAUGGAGCACACUCACCAGGAACCUCUCCCCUUCCUACCAAUGGGUGGUCGUCACCGCCACCGCUGGUGCUGGAGAAACCAGACGUGGAAUCAAGUUUGGCCAAACUGCUGCGCUCGGACACGUCGGGUUCGAUACGGGGCUUCUCCACAAACAGCUCGCACAGUACAUUCGCACAGAAGAAAGGUGAUGGAGAACGGCGGAAACGACCAGUGUCGGACCACUGUCCCGGAAGUGCCAGAACUGGCGCCAAACGGAGCAGACCAAGCACUGGCACGAUACCGCGGCCCGGUGUGUUGGACGGUGGGGGGAAACCACCCAACAGCGGCAGUGUCUUAAUGAACCUAUUGAAGGUGAUGACGGUGGAAGAGCCAGUGGACACGGGACCGAGUCGAGGACCAGGGCCGGAUUGGGGACAGCCCCGUCCUCUGUACCGCUCCCGCCUCAAGUCCCUCUCCUUGCUGGACCCCGACUGCCCCACCAAACUGAUGGACUUGACAGAGCAGGAUUAUGAUGUGAAUGCACCGGCAGAUGCCUUGUUGACAGGUGCAGAGCUGCUUACAGCAUUGGAUGUCAAUAUGUAAAUAUCCCUGUCAGUACAGUGUGUCAUAUAAUUGAAGGAAAUAAAUUAUUUUAAGAAAAUAGACUGGUUGUGUUUGUCCAACAAACAAACAGUGUUUACAAAAGUUUUAUUGUAAGAAGUAGAAAUGAAAAGACCACAGAUCGAGUUUGUAUUUAAAACAUUUUAUCCGUUAUUGUUAUUAAGUACACCAAAUUAGUUUGACAAAUUUUCUUAAUAAACUGUAAUUUCGUUGAACUGUUUACAAAUUUAUUUGUUUUCAUAUUUUUUGAAUAGAAACGCUUGAAUGUUUAUUGCUGAAGCAGAACAGAGUUUAGUACAAUUUUAAUUGUUAUUGAUUUUUGGAAACCUGAUAAGAUGGCUAAGGCAGGGUCUGGAUGUAAAUUGCAUUUAUAAAAAAAUUAACACCCUGCAAAAACUCUGUAAAUAGUGCAUUAUAGGAUGUAUAUACUUGUAGUAGUAAAGCAUUCCACUUACAUCUGGCCAUCAUUAGCUUGAUGCAUUUUUUAUUUUGUUUAUUGUAUUAUUAUUUUAGUGCCAACUACAUUACAUUCAUCUGUAUACGGUAGUAUAUGCUCUCUUUUAUCUUUGCAUAUUCCAUCUCAGUCUGUUUAAAAAGCUCAUCACAGGGUUACAAGAAUGUAAUUUGCUAUUUCCUUUAGAUACCCAUUAGCAUAUUCAUGUUAUGUUUUAGUGUAAUUAUAUAGUAUCAUUCUAUUAUUGUUGAAAAUAUAUAUAUUUUGUGUAUAGUAUUUCUUUGUACAAAGUUUUCUUCCUACUAACAUGGCUUAAUGUUGUAUAACAGUAUAUGAUAGAUAUUUUUACAAAUUUAUAUGUUUAAGCUAAUGGAUAAAGAGAAAAGGUAGAAGUUUAUGCUUCAAUUUAUAUUGUUUUUAGAUAGUACUCAGGUUAAUAAUGUUACUUAAUUUAAAAUGAUUUAAUAAUUUAUUUUAACAAAUAAAAACACAGUUGACACUGUUUGACCAAUUUUAAUUGCAUUUGAUUUUUAACGCAGAUUUAUUUGUAAUUGUAGAAAAAAAAUUUUAAUCCAACAUUGAAACAUCUAUACUUUAAUGUUUUCUAGCAAUCAUAUAAUGUGUAAAUUUUAGAUACAAUAUUUUUAGAUUAAUAGAACUAACAUAAGAUUUAUUUUUAUCAUGAAAUUUCCCUAAAAUUGUAAUGUAAGGAUCAAACUAUAUAAGACUGUGACUUUUAUAUUUAACAAGUGAAUCUCCCUAAAUUGUCUCUUCCAGUGUGGGGAACUUUGGCUGGGAACAACAUUACUUGCAUUUUAGAGUGAUUGACUAACUCCACAAGUCAUUUUGUUUCUUUAAAAUGACAACCGACCCAUUUCUAGAUUAAUGUUUGUUAUUCAUCUGUUUGUUUUGUUGUUUUAUUUAUUUAUUUUACCACUAGGUUGAUAAAUCCACUGCCAUUUUUGUUAGAUGAAGUUCAUUCAUUGUUCUUGUUGCUUUCAUUAUGUACUCUUAAAUGGGUUUAACUUUCGAAAAUUAGAGUUUUCAUGCUUGUUUAGUGUUGUUUGGUUUGCAGUUUUAAUUUGUGUUUUCCCAUUAAAUACCACAAUAAUUAGUGUUAUUGAAUAAAUUCAUGUCUUUCUUCAAAUUGCCUUUACCUUGGUAUAUUCUCUUUCAAAAUACUAGUCAAAUAAACGAUUUAGUUGUCAGUCAGUAUUUUUCAGUGGAAUUACAAAAGUCAACUAGUGCUUCUGCAAACAGUGAAUGUGCCCCAGUCAAAUGAAACCUGUCCUAUAGUUGUAUAAGAAUGUAGUGUAUAGACACUCACAACUUAGUCUGUUAAUUACUUGACUGUAGUAGAGGAGUUUAUAAGGGUAUAUCAUCAGAAGAAUCAAAUAACUUUAGUCUUAUUCUUGGGAGAGUUGGUUUUUGUGCAGUGCAAAUGUACAAAUUUUAAUAAAAGGUAAUUCAGACUAA